GACGGGCGUUUCCCGGCCGCGGGCUCCCCGGAGUUCGACCUGCUGUGCCCGGGGGCGCAGGCGUACGCGUUGAGGCUCGGGCAGAUGCAAAGGGGAGUCACCCCUCAGCCUGGCCCAGCCGGGUGCUCUUCGUCGACGGCCCGACGCCAUCCGAGGGGGUCGCCGAUUUCAUGCAGCAGAGCGUCAACGCCUUCGCGAGGGCGGCGGACGGCGGUCACGGCCUGCACAUCGGGUGGCAGAACGUCAGCCUGACAGCCAUCCUCGAGCCGGCCGUGGUGGACUGGGACGCCGCCGGCGGGGCGGUGGCGGCCGGCUGCAGGGAGCCCGCGUGCCGCCUCUUCGGAGGCCCUGGGGUCCACCGCCCGUACCACCCCGUCUGCGGUUUCCUGCGCAACGCGUUCAACCCGUGGCGCUUCCUGACGAGGUCCUCCAAGGAGCAUGACGUGGGCGCGAGCGCGCCCUGCGCUGGCUGCAUCCUGAACGCGCUGUACAGGCCCUCGCCCUUGCUGGGGAGGACCGUGCCCGGCUUCGAGGACGUGCGCUCGGCGAUGAACGACGAGCGCACGCUCUCCAUCGCCAUCUACAUGCGCUCCAAUUUUUCCGACGACAGAAACCAGCGGAUGAGCGACGCAGAGAUCGACGCGGCGAGGCUGCCCCCGAAGGAGGAGUGGACGGACGGGCAGCGCUACGGCUUCUACGCCACGGCGCGCUGCGCCCUGCAGCUGGAGGCCCGCUGGGGCCCAGGAUUCGACAGGGUCGUGUGGUUCGUGUCCAGCGACGACCCCGCUGUCCGGAGAGCUCUGGUGGAGGAGUUCGACGAGUCGGGCCCGGCCAGCGGCUGCUCCGCCAGCCCCAGCGGGUGCACCGGGGGCCGCUGGGUGCCCUCCGAUCGUCUGGAAGCCGGGGCCGCCACAGCCGCCCCGACCUCGCGGCUCGUCAGCCAGGCGGCCCGGUCGAGGGCUACCAGCGGGCCGUGGCCGAGGCGCUCGCAGACUGGUGGCUCCUGGGCGAGGCCGACCUCGCAGUGGUCGGCGCGUGGUCCAUGA